CGAGGGCUGAGCCCGGCCCCUCCCCCAGCCCUGUGCGCACUGCCCCGCACUGGUAUUUACCCCUCAGCUAGAGCUGAGCAGCGGGCAUAGCAGCACGGCCGGUGCCCCCAACUACGGAAAGAAGCCUCCCGCCAACUAGUCCGGAGACAACACCCUGAGACUGCGGAGGAGGAGCGCUCACAUCCUGCGCCUCUCACCAUGGCGUUCCCGAGCGACGAGACCUCCCUGGAGCUGGACGAAAUGUCAGAGGACGGGGAGAUGAUAGUGUCUGAAGAAAUGGAGCAAACAGUAUUACAAACCUAUGGAACCAUGCAAGAAAAUGCAUGCAGACUUCAUACUGCAGAAAUGGUAGAGUUUAAUCAAAACUCGGAAUCAUUAUACUUCAACGAUGAUCAAAGGCGAAUCGACUAUAUUUUAGUGUAUGAAGAUGAGACUUUGAAGGAUCAGACAAGGAACACAAAGAAGAACCUUCUCUUAAAGCAGAUGAAAAAGCGGCAGGCCUAUGAGUCCAAUCUUAUGAGAAAUGGCUUACAGCUGGAGGCAACAAGAUCUGUUUCAGAUAAUGGACUUGUGUUUGUGAAGGUGCACGCUCCGUGGGAGGUCCUUUGUACUUAUGCGGAAGUGAUGCACAUCAAACUGCCUAUACAGCCCAAUGAUCUAAGACAAAGGCGUUCAGCUUUUAACUGGUUCACAAAGAUUUUUAGUGUCAGUGAGGAUGUGAUAAAGCCAGAACAAGAGUUCUUCACGGCUCCAUUUGAAAAGGAUCGCGUAACUGACUUUUUUAUAAACGACAGAGAUUUAUUCUUCACCCCAGCUACAAGAAGCCGCAUUGUUCAGUUCGUUCUGUCUCGUGUCGAAUAUGCAGUAAAGGAUAAUGUGAAAAAAUUUGGAAUCCACAAAUUGCUAGAUUCUGGGAUCUACAAGGCUGCAUUUCCUCUUCAUGAUUGUAGAUUUAAUGUCAAGUCUGAAGAUCCCAGAUGCCCAAAUGAAAGAUAUCUGUUGUACAGAGAAUGGGCCCACCCGCGUAGUUUUUACAAGGUACAGCCAUUGGAUUUUAUAAGAAAAUACUAUGGUGAGAAAGUUGGGAUUUAUUUUGCUUGGCUGGGCUUCUACACACAAAUGUUGCUGCUGGCAGGAAUAGUUGGACUUUGCUGUUUCUUAUAUGGGUAUAAAUCUCAGGAAUCCUGCACCUGGAGCAAAGAAGUCUGUGACCCUAACAUCGGAGGAAACAUUAUUAUGUGUCCACAGUGUGACAAAGAGUGUACAUACUGGUACCUUAAUAUCACCUGUGAAUCAUCGAAGAAACUUUGCAUAUUUGACAGUUUUGGAACCCUUGUGUUUGCAGUGUUUAUGGGAAUAUGGGUUACUUUGUUCCUCGAAUUUUGGAAGCGUCGACAAGCCGAGCUAGAAUAUGAGUGGGACACGGUUGAGUUUUUAGAGCAAGAAGAACAGCCCCUGCCAGAGUAUGAAGCAAAAUGUACCCAUGUCGUUGUGAAUCCCAUCACCCAGCAAGAAGAACAUGUUCCUUACACAACAUUCGGAAAGUGCUUGAGGAUGGCUUUCUGUACAAGUGCAGUGUUUUUCUGGAUUCUGCUGAUAGUUGCAUCAGUAGUUGGGAUUAUUGUGUAUCGACUUUCUGUCUUCUUGGUGUUCUCUGCAACCCUGCCAAGGCACAUUAAUGGAACAGAAGCAAUUCAGAAGUACUUAACUCCCCAGACCGCCACCACAGUCACAGCAUCCAUCAUCAGCUUCAUAAUUAUUAUGCUCCUGAACAUGGUGUAUGAAAAGGUGGCAAUAAUGAUUACAGACUUUGAGCUUCCUCGAACAAAGACUGAAUAUGAAAACAGUCUCACCACAAAAAUGUUUUUGUUCCAAUUUGUCAAUUAUUACUCGUCUUGCUUCUACAUUGCCUUUUUCAAAGGGAAGUUUGUGGGGUACCCGGGAGAUCCAGUCUAUUGGUUUGGAAGAUAUCGCAAUGAAGAAUGUGAUCCUGGUGGCUGCCUUCUUGAACUGACAACACAGCUUACCAUUAUAAUGGGAGGCAAAGCGAUCUGGAACAAUAUCCAGGAAAUUCUUCUGCCCUGGAUCAAAAAUCUUAUUGCAAGAUGUCGUUCUUCAGGUAUAGAAACAGUAAAGCCUCGGUGGGAACAGGAUUACCAUCUGCAACCUGUAGGAAAAUUAGGCUUGUUUUAUGAGUAUCUUGAAAUGGUGAUCCAGUUUGGAUUUGUUACGUUGUUUGUGGCGUCAUUUCCUCUUGCUCCCCUUCUGGCCCUUGUGAAUAACUUACUGGAGAUCCGGGUGGAUGCCUGGAAGCUCACCACUCAGUUCAGGCGUAUGGUCCCUGAGAAGGCACAGGACAUUGGAGCCUGGCAGCCAAUCAUGCAAGGAGUGGCAAUACUUGCUGUGGUAACAAAUGCUAUGAUCAUUGCCUUUACGUCUGAUAUGAUACCUCGCUUGGUUUAUUACUGGUCUUUCUCUAUUCCACCCUAUGGCACCCAUUCUUCCAACACUAUGCAAGGGUACAUAAACAAUACACUUUCAGUCUUCAGUAUAUCAGAUUUCAAAACUGAGAGCAGACCGGUUCCACCGCCUUGGUUUGGCACAGAAACGACAUGCAGGUAUCGUGAUUUCCGAUAUCCACCUGGCCAUGGACACCAGUAUGAACAUAGCAUUUUUUACUGGCAUGUGAUUGCUGCCAAGCUAUCUUUUCUCAUUGUAAUGGAGCAUAUUGUCUACUUUGUGAAGUUUAUUAUAUCAUACGUUAUCCCUGACGUCCCUAAUGAAACCAAAGAGAAAAUCAAGAGAGAAAAGUACCUCAUACAGAAGCUUUUACAUGAGAGACAUCUAAAGUUGGUGAAAAAACAGAUGGGAAAUUUGGCUGAUAAAAUUCUAAAAGGUGUAGACAACCGGACUAUGGACAAGUUAGAUUAGACCUCUAUGAUUUGUUGGUGACGGUUACUGAGGACAGGACAUUGUAGUUGCUCAUCACUUCACAUCAAGCCUUAGAAGUGUGUCAAGAAAGUUUACGGAGAAUAACCAGGAAUGAGAAAUAACAUGUCUAUGCAUUAUAUUACAUAUAGAUUAUACAACUUUACCAAUAAUCAAUGUCCAGUUUUAAUCAAAACAACUGCAUUUCAUUUGAAAAUGGUGGUUUUCAUAUGUACACAUUUUAUAUGAAGUUUUACAUAUAUUUUAUAUUUGUAUUCAUUAUAUUCUCAAAGUGCUUUCCAGUUGGAAGGAUACAGUUUACUAGAAUGUUAUUUUAAGCUGAAGAAUUACCGUAAGUUUUUCCUUCAAAGAACCUCAAACCAGUUUCUUCUACAUAGCCAUCCAGCUGAUUAUUAGACAAUAGAGCAUGAUUCAUCACUCAGAAGUUCUUUUUUACUUUUUAAGAUGGUUGUGUUUUAUCAGCCAUGGAACACCAAUCCAGGAAGCUCCUGGAGAUAUUUUUCACACUACUCACUUGAGCACUCAGAGCUCCUGGUGUGGCUCCAACAGAUCAGCUGGCACUGCUUCUAGACAAGAGCACCACUUACAGUUAAUCAGAAAAGCACUAAUGGGGCAAAAAUGUGGUGUCUUCUUAUGAUUAUACCUUGUUAUGAGUCAAAUGAGCUCGUCAGUAUAACCAAAGCUGAGGCUGAUGUAUACUAGUUGCAGUUGCAUGGCCUUGCACUUAAUUCUUAUUUACUUGUUAGCAAUUAAUUUCAAAGGUAGUCCACAUACUUUGGUGACGUACAGUAUAUAUUCACCCGUGUCAUCCUGCUGUUUUGAGUAUUGCUUGGGAAAUCACAUGUGACAUGAAGGACAGUUCAACUAGUCACACAUGCAUCAAAAGGGACAAAGCCACUAUUAUACCAAGCAGCAUGGUGACAAAAUACCUGUGUUACUUUUUGUGUGCCACUAUAUUCCAUUCAGUGCCACAGCUGGAUCUAUGGAGUAACUGAAUAGGUGUUUGACUACUAUAUAAUUCUAUAACCAGUGCCAUAUUUGACUAGAAUGUGUGAAAUCGCCAUCAUAAACACUGUGGUACCCCUGUUAUUAAACUUAUCAUUUCAAGUGGAUUAUUUAACUAGGUUAUCUACAUAAAAAGACUGUAGAUGUUACAUGUGCAGAAUGUUAUCUAGCAUAUUACUGCACAUAAUCUAAGAAGUUGUACACAGCAGUGAUUUACUCAAGGUUUAUAAAACAUUUGCGUUAAAUCCAGUUUCAAGAAUGUAAUGUCAAUAAUCACUGCAUUUUCUCGAAUAUUUCACAGCCCAUUGACACAUCAUGCUUGUAAAGGAAUUGGUGUGUCUCUUAUGUAAGCGCUAGAGAUGAGCGAAUUUCAGGUUAUGAAAUUCGUUCACUCCCCUGCAUAACGGAAACGGGACGGAUCCGUUAUGCAGGCCAUAAACUUCUAUUAUGACGGAAUG